AGUUUGCGAAGACAAAUAAAUAACAAAACAAAUUAACUGAACAUUGGCAUACAAAUUGCGGCCCAAAUUGAAAGUGAAAUGUAAAUAAACUAGUAGAAAUUCGUUAGAUAUGCCUCGUGAUAAUGCAGAGGAGAAAAAGCCGCCAGACCCUAAGCCUCCAGAUCCCAAACCCCCAAAGCCGGCUCAUCCAAAACGUACACAUAAGCGGGUAGUGAUCUCCAAGUCUCGGUAUAAAAUUUACGAUGAUCCACCGCGACAGUCAGUUUUCGCCGAGAGCCUUGCUAACAUUAAACGACAACGGGAAAGCCUUUUGGUACCAGGAAUUCAGGAUGAACAGAUACCUGGCCCUUCCAGGCGGCGUGUUUUGCCGACUCCUUCUAGUUUGGUGAUUGACCAUCACGAUAUGGAACAUUCAACAACUCGUUUGGUGAAAAAAAAGUCCGUCAAUAUCAUGGAAGCCUAUCGGGACUACCUUCGAAGGCAGGAAAAGAGACCCCGUCGCAUAAAAAUAUUUAAAAUUUAUGCGCCCUCCAGCUGGACAGUGAUCAUCGAAGAAGCGAUAAAAAGGCAUGCAGCCAAAGGUGUCCUGAAAACCUGUCCCACCUGGAAGCAACCAAGGCUGCAUUGGCUGGACCAGUUAGAGCGGGAUUCAUUGAUCCGUCCGAAGCCAACGCUACCAAGGAAUGAUUCAAAUGAUGAGCCGACGCCCUGCUGUUGUUUUUUCAUAUUGCCCUUGCGCAGAAGUUAGUACGUGAACUAGUUCAAACGAUCGGGAGAAUUAACUACUUACCUCUUGGAGAUCUGUCAUCCUCUCCUAUGUAGAAUGGGCCCUGCCUGGAAAUGAUCUCCUGCACAAUAAUCCCAAAUGAGUAGACGUCACCCUUUUGAGUGCCCCCUGGAUGACGAUUAGGAUCUCGCAAAAGUUCUGGUGCAGUCCAAAGAAGUUCUGCGGAAGAAGCAGUGAACAUAAGUAUAUUGUAGAAAUAAAACCGAAUUGUUAUAAAUAUCGUA